CGUCUUUAGAUGGAAGCGUUUAGCGUCAAGCGUCGAGCGUCAAAAACACGUGCGCAGCACCCUUGCGCAUAAUUCUGAACAGGCAGAUUCCAGCAUCUUGACGCUAAAACCGCUAAAACAAUGUCUAGUAACAAAAUUUUAAUAAAUACGGUAGAGAUGAUUUACUGACUGCUCCAGCGUUUCAACAAAUCACUAGGCACACUGCGCAUGUCACACUUUUUGACGCUUUAACGCUCGACGCUAAAACGCUCCCAUGUAAAGGCACCUUAAUAUAAUAAAUUGAUAAUGAAUGUCAUAUGCAAAACAUCUCAUAAAAGAGAGUGACGUGACAUUUCUAUUCCUGCUUUCUUCGAAGUCGAACUUUAAUGAAUUUACUAAUAUUACUUCAUUUGCUCGAGCAGAAAAGAAUUUUAUUUCCAUAUGGACAGCAUUACUACAGUAGGAUUAGCCUCAAGUUUUUUAGAGAAACCAACUAUGUAUAAAGUAUUAUCUAAUGUAUCAAAAUAUACAGUUCACAAUGAAUUAUACAAAAUACCGUCAUUUCUUCGUGGAUCAUCUAUAACAACCCUAAAUCUAAAUAAACAACCUCUUCCUAAACAACCUGUUCCUGAUCUCAAACAAACUGCACAACGUUAUUUGAGAUCUUUAAAACCAUUAUUGACUAAUGAAGAACAUAAAAAUACAGAGAGAAUUGUAAAUAAAUUUAUAAGCAAUACUGGUCUGGGGCCUCAAUUACAUGCUAAAUUAUUGGAGAGAUAUGAAAACACCGAUAACUGGAUGAAAGAUUGGUGGUUGCAAGUUGCAUAUUUGGGAUAUCGUAUCCCCGUGAUUGUACACUCCAGUCCUGGAACUGUUGGACCACCAAUUAUUCUCAACAGACCAGAAGAUGUGUAUCUAUUUGCAGCACGUAUCAUUGCUGGAGUAUGUAAUUAUAAUGAAAUGGUCAAGAGUGGAAAAAUGAAACAAGAAAUGGCUCGUAAUGAUCCACUUGACAUGCAACCUUAUGGCAUGAUACUUGGCACACAUAGACAGCCCAACAAAAUGGUUGAUAAACUGUUGCAUACAGAUGAGGCCAAACACAUAAUAAUCAUAAGCAACAAUCAUUUUUUUAAACUUUGUGUUGUUGAUGAAAACGGCAUUUUAAGUGAGGGUAAACUCGUGACUGCUAUAAAAGAUAUUGCAGAUCGCUCAUGUAUGCCAGGAAAGCCUGUAGGAAUUUUAACAGGAAAUGACAGAGAUACUUGGGCAAAGGAUCAUAAUUUACUUUUAGAGCUGGGUAAUAAUAGAAGUAUAAUCAAGGAUAUAGAAACGUCUUUAUUUAUAUUGUGUCUGGACAAAAAUAUACCUAAAGACGCUUUCAAAGAAAAAAAUAAUGCUUCAGUUAGAGCACUUCAAUCUAUAACAGGCAUUAACAGCUGUCUAAAUGCAGGAAACAGAUGGCAUGAUAAAACUCUCCAGAAUAUAAUAUCCGCGGAUGGCUAUAUUGGUAUGGAAUAUGAACAUAGUCCAUGUGAGGGUACCCCAGUUGCUGUUCUUCAUGAUUAUGUAUUAAAAUACAUAGCAGGAAAAGAAAAUAGCGCAAAAUGCGGAGAUACUAAAGAUUUUCCUCGAGCAGAACUAUUAAAAUUUGAAAUUAAUAAUGUUAUAGAAAAUGCAAUCGAGAAAGCUACUGAUGCAGUAGAUAAGCUCUCAAAUGAUCUAGACAUGGAAUGUUUUACAUUUGACAAAUUUGGUUCAGAUGCGAUAAAAGCAAUUAAACUGAGUCCCGAUAGUUUUAUUCAGAUCGCGAUGCAAGUGACUUUUUAUAACUUGCUAAAGAAACCACCAGCGCAUUACGAAAGCGCGGCAUUACGAAGAUUUAUUAAUUCCAGAACUGAAUGCAUCAGAUCUACUUGUACAGAGUCUGUCGAAUUUGCAGAAAUGUUAUGCUAUGAUGCUGGCUGCAAGACCAAAGCACAAAAGAAAGAAAUCAUGAUCAAAGCUAUAAAUGCUCAUAAAGAGCUAGCUGGACAAGCUGCGAUAGGUCAAGGUGUCGAUCGACAUUUGUUCGGUUUAAAAAUGAUAGCACAGAGUGAAGGAAUAGAGCUUCCAGAAUUGUAUAAGGAUAUUGGUUACACCAAAAGUAUAUAUUUCAAUUUAACAUCGAGUCAGGUACCAUUUACUACAGCAUCUUUUAUGUGUUAUGGACCGGUUGUUCCCGAUGGUUACGCUUGCUGUUACAAUCCACGACCAAAAGAUAUUCUAUUCUCCUGUUCUUCAUUUAAAUCUUGCGAAAAGACUAAUACAAAGGAUUUUGCUCAUGUUUUACAACAGACGCUUUGCGAUAUGCGAGACAUAGGAAGUGAAUAAUAUUGUAAAAAAAUAUGCAGUUUUAUUGCGAUAGAAAUGCAGUCAAGAUUCAUAUUUUUAUAUGUAAUAUCUGUAUAAUAGCACACAAAAUAGAAUAUCUUGUAAGUCAGGCGAA